CCUGUAGUUUGACAAAAUGUCUACCAAACACAACUACACCAAUCCAGCUUUUUGCCAAAACAGUGAAUUUUAUCCGGUACCCUCGGCUGCGAAAAACUCCAAUUCGGCUUUAUUCGCCGCCGCCACCAAACAAGAACAUGUUGAGUCCAUCUAUAAUCGCAGCUUGCAAAUAAGUUUCAAUAAUAAUGCAGCGACACGCUACAAUGGUGGCGGCGAUGGCAGUGGACCCUUGCGCAUGCAGCGGAGCAUAUCAACGCGUUCAGUGGCCAUGAAGAGGACCACCGUAAAACAGACAGACAAUGCCAGCACAUAUAACAGCAAGCCGCCGACAAUACAUCAACAGUUGCAUAAACAGCAGCAACAAUAUGAACAGCAACAACAACAGCAGCAGCAGCAACAGGUACAGCCUGCUGUACCCCAAAGACCCUUGAAACAGGCACCACAACUCAAUCGCUCGCUGGAACCCUUUGAAACACGUUCGGGUUCCGGCAGAUAUGCUCUGGUGCCAGUGGAGGAAUUAUCCCAAGAUUUUAAUAGUCAUUAUGCCAUAGUGCCAGGACCCACACCUCCACCUCCCAUGAUGAAUAGCCGAAGUUCUUCCUCUACCACUUUGGCUCAGACACGCCGCUAUGCCAAAUCCCAAGAUGAUUUGGAUCGUUAUAGCUCUCAGCUACAAUUGGAUCAGGAUGAGCCUCAUUCUUUUCAUGAGGAUCCCUCGGUGGCAGGGCCCUAUGCCAGUUUGCCCCCUGUUUUAGAGACGGGGAAGUUACAACCCAAGCGCCGCAUAUCUUUACAAAAUCGCCAAAAUUCCCAACAAAAUCUGCCCACCCCCUCGAAAAUCAAGCACGCCUUUUCCAUAUCUUUACAAAAUCGCCAAAAUUCCCAACAAAAUCUGCCCACCCCCUCGAAAAUCAAGCACGCCUUUUCCAGCGAUUUUGGCAGCAAGACCUUUCUGAUAGUGGAUAAAAAUUCCAAUCAACGCUAUCAAAUGGUGCCCACCGCCGAAGAUGAAGAGCUGGUGGAUGACAAUCAUGAAAUCAUACAAAUGCACAAUGGCAAGGCUCAUCGUUAUGCUGUCAUACCUGCCGAGGAUGAGGAUGACUAUGAGGAGGGCAAUGAUCAGGAGGAGACUUGUCUCAGUAAUCCCGAUCUAAAUCAAAGUCAAAAUUUCCUACCCAUAGGCUAUGAACAGACGCGUACACCCAUGCGCACCUCCACACCUCAAAAGGGUAUAUCUAUGAGCAAUUUGGCCUCUUAUCCCAAUACGCCUUUGAAAAAUCCCCAAGCCACCAAAAUGUUACAUGAGCUACUAUCCACUCCACGCAAGACUCCCGUGCAGCAAAUGAAUCGUUCCGAUCAGAGUACACCUCGCAAUAAUGUCUAUGCCUCUCAGAGAGAGCUGAGAAUACAAUAUGCCCAGCAGGGCCAGCAAAUAAAUUUCUCCUCUACGGCAGGACAAACACAGGCUCCUCCCUUAUUGCCUAGGAAAAAUUCAAAUCUCUCGCCACAGCGUUUACAUUAUGAGAUUGUAAAGCCAGUGGUAACACCACCGCUGCAUCAAAGUGAUCGCACCAUGGCUGUUAUACAGCCCAGAGUGGCGGGGCCCAUUUACCCCCAUAUAGAGGAGGAAGACUGCAGCAGUAUACAGGGCAAGGGGAACAAUAAUAACUCGUAUCCCCAGAAAAUAGUCAGUGCCACUAUAACUCUGGCCAUAGUCUCUUUGAUGUUGGUGUUGGGAAGUUCCAUGAAUUCAGCUUUGAUAGUCUAUAUGAUAGCCCAUCUGGGCCGUGCCUUUUAUCUGCAAUUCAGUUUGGUGGCUGCCAUCAGCGGUGUUGGCUUGGGCUUUUUGGGCUUUCGUUCACGUCAUUGUGAAUGGUUGCCCAAUCGAAGCUAUACCUCGGGCUAUAUUUUAGUCACUGUAUUUUGUUUGCUGAAAUGUUGCUGCCUGCUGAUUAUUUUGGUAUUGGAUCCUUAUCCUGGUUUGCCUCUACAUGAUGUCACCACCGGCAUUAUUUUGGGCCUAUCAACCUUUACCAUGUUCUUUAUAGGUUUGGGUGUUAUAGGCACACUGUGGUGUUAUCGACCUCCGCCAGAUAAUCGAGUUGAUGUGGUGUGAAUUCGUAGAAGAAAUAAGACUGGCAUGUCUAGGAGACCUUCUAAGAGAGUUUUGAUAUGAUACCCUAAUGUAGGUAAUUGUUAAUAUGCCCUAAUGUGCGUAGUGAUAUUCUAAUGUACGUGAAGGGUAUCUACCCAAUGGAUAUCGAAAAAAUUCUCACAAAUAUGGUAUUUAUUGGGUAUUUACCCGGAAAAUUCCCCAAAUCUCCCCAUUGUGUUGGUGUUUGUUAGGUACUUACCUAGAAAAUUCUUUAUUAAUACCCAAGGGGUAGAAGUCCAAUAUGUCUGUCUGUUGAGAUUUAAAAGAUAGUGCCAGCUUACGGCAAGUAAUUAUUGCUGUAAAUGGGACCUUCCCACCUAAAGAUAAAUAGUGAAAGUAAAGUUAACUUAAAAAAAAUAGACCAAAUGUUGAAAAUCACGAAGUGUUUUGAAGUACUUAAUGUUUAUUGGGUUUCCUUAUCACAAAGUGUAAAGGACCCAUGAGAUGUAUAACGACCCAUGACAUGUACAACAGCAAGUCAUUUAUUUGUUUUAUAUAUUCUGUACUGUACUAUAAAUACUGUACUACAUUACUAGCUGGCCCGGUGUGCUUUGCUACAACGUUAGGUGCUUGCGGCUCCCUUUUGACAUGGCUCAAAUUUGGUAUAAUUUAUAUUCGUAUUUAACUUUCAAAUAUUUU